GCAGCUGCCGCUACGGCAGCGAGUGCGCGUGGGCGCACACGGAGGACGAGCUGCACAGGGCGCCCGACCUCAGCAAGACCAGGUUGUGCGUCCCGUUCGCGGAGGAGGGCCGCUGCGACGACGCCAACUGCACUUUUGCGCACGGGGAGGAGGAGCUCCGCUCAACGGACAUGUUCUACCGCAAGGUGCUUUGCAUCUGGAACGCCAAGGGGCGGUGCCGCAACGGCGAGAAGUGCCGAUUCGC